AUGUACAUAUGGAACAUAACGGACCUCUUUAUACUCAUAGGUUGCGCCUUGCUACCAAUGACUGGUUGGAUGCUCGGUUGUAUUCUUGGCUUGAUAUUUCGCCAAGAGGGAGCUGCUUUGGAAGCUCUUGCUUUGGAGACAUCAAAUUUUAAUAACUUAAUCUUGGUAGCAGCCCUACGCUUCUCUCUUCCUAGUGAACUGGCUGAUCCAGCUUCAAUUAUUCCAUUUUUGGUGAUAUUCACUACCCCAGCAAUCUACAUUCUGGUCUCUCUCCUAAAAUCCCUGCGCCUAAGUGUCCUCAACUACCUGCACGAACGUCGGCAAAAACAGGUAAACCGUCAAUUCAGUAUCGUGUCAGGCAUCAUUAACCAGGCCAACAUCACUGCUCUGUCGGCGCCUCUCUUCAUCUCAGAUGUUAUGGAUGAUGAGGACAGCUCUGACAACAAAGAGAAGGUGACCGUUUUAUAA